UGGAAAAAGUCAAUCAAAUUAAUGGGAGACAAAGUGUAUUGUCUUGAUUCAUCAUCUCCAGAACAUAUGCGCAGUUCCCUCCCGGUAUUUUGGGAUGACACGGGCGUUCCAGCCUUUGCAGAGAUCCAGCACGACCGAGCGACGCCACCAGCGACACGACAGGCGCAGAAAUCAUGGACGCUCCGCGCCACACCGCCCCUCUCUGAGCUCUUCGCUGUUCUCACGCCCGUGGUGCUGAAAUCAGCCUCGACCCGACAGCAAUGUAACGGCAAUGAGACAAAGACACCGGCAGCCCGACGAACAGACCGAUAAUGGACGAUGAUUUGUUUCAGUUAAGACAGCUCCCAGUGGUGAAAUUCCGGCGUACAGGUGAAAGCACUCGCUCAGAGGAUGAAUGUGGCGGCAGGGAAGAGGCUUUGCAGGUGGAGGGAGGACGGACGGAUAUGGAGUCUGUUUCCCUGGCCGAUGGUGCUCCGGUUCCUCGGGAAUUUGCCAACCCCACUGAUGACACCUUCAUGGUUGAGGAUGCAGUGGAAGCCAUUGGCUUUGGGACAUUCCAGUGGAAACUGUCCAUCCUUACUGGACUUUCAUGGAUGGCCGACGCCAUGGAGAUGAUGAUCCUCAGUAUAUUGGCCCCUCAACUGCACUGUGAGUGGGCACUGCCCAGCUGGGAGGUGGCACUGCUAACUUCGGUAGUGUUCAUUGGAAUGAUGAUCAGUUCUUCAUUAUGGGGUAACAUAUCUGAUAAAUAUGGGAGAAAAACAGGUUUGAAGAUGAGUGCAUUAUGGACCCUGUUUUAUGGCCUCCUCAGUGCGUUUGCACCUGUAUAUGGAUGGAUCCUAUUCCUCAGAGCUCUGGUGGGCUUCGGCAUUGGAGGGGCUCCACAAUCACUAAGCAUAAUGUCAAAUGCACAUCAACAGUGGCUGCCGGAGAGCGCUCGUUAUGACGUCCUGACAGGAAAUCAGGAGAAGGCUUUAAACACACUCAAACGCAUUGCUACAGAGAAUAAUGUCCCCAUGCCGCUGGGAAAACUCAUAGCAGCCAGACAGGAGGACAGGGGGAAAAUUCAAGAUCUUUUCUCUCCACACUUCCGUUUGACUACUAUUCUGCUCUGGUUCAUAUGGUUCUCUAAUGCAUUCUCAUAUUAUGGUGUGGUUUUGCUGACCACUGCGCUUUUCCAGGAGGGAGGCGCCUGUGGUCAGGCGAAGGGCAGUAAAAUGGAGCCAGGUUGCAGCUUGGAGUGCAAAUAUCUGAAUUCAGAUGAUUACAAAGACCUUCUAUGGACCACACUUUCUGAGUUUCCUGGCCUGCUGGUGACCCUGUGGGCGAUUGAUCGAUUAGGGAGGAGGAAGACUAUGGCACUGUGUUUCUUUGUCUUCUCUCUCUGCAUUGUACCACUCUACGCCUGUGUGGGAAGGACUUCUUUGACAGUAUUUAUAUUCAUUGCGAGGGCUUUCAUCGCUGGAGGUUUCCAGGCUGCAUAUGUGUACACUCCUGAGGUUUAUCCCACAGCAACGAGGGCACUGGGUUUGGGCACCAGCAGUGGGAUGGCUCGGGUUGGAGCUCUCAUCACACCAUUUGUGGCACAGGUGAUGCUGGAAUCUUCUGUGUACCUGACUCUGUCAGUGUACUGUUGCUGCUGUUUGCUGGCUGCUAUUGCUUCCUGUGCCCUGCCCAUAGAGACCACAGGACGAGGCCUCCAGGAGUCCAGUCACAGAGAGUGGGGUCAGGAGAUGAUGAGACGGGCCUCAGACCACAGCCCUGGAGGGAUUCCACAUUCCAGCUCUGGUUCACAGGACUAAGGAACACCACAUGUAGGUUUGGAAAGACAUAGUAGAAGAAAUUGUUCUUAGUUUGAAGUGGGGAAUCUUUUCUGUAAAAACGCAAUGUGUGUCCACAAAGGAAUAGCAGAUUUGUUGAUUUUAAGAACUGCUUGGUUUUGAUUUAAAUCAGUCCAUCAAUGACACAUUCCUCCACCAAAGGUUGCAAGGUUUCUUUUUAUGAACCUCUGGACCAGACAAUUAGAGUGGAAUAGAUUCACAUCACAUAAUACUCCCCUUUUGCCCUAUUCCCCAAGGAACUACAACAGGAAAUGGGUUGAAAAUGGAUCUAAAGCAUGACAAAUUGCAUUAUGCAGUUUAGCACAUGAAAUCACUCUCACAUGUCCAAAGGGUCUGAGGAGCAUUUGAACAACGAAAGAUUUGAACCUCAAGUCUUGAAGUUGAAAGAUAGCACAAGAGAAUGUGUGUUUGCAACAGGAUUAGUAUGACAGCGAGUAGAAAGAGAAUUUGUUUUAUUAUUUUAUUUUUAAAGAGGGCCUUACACUUUACU